AUGGCGGCUUCAGUCCGUAACCAGUCUCUCGAACUGGUUAAUUUACCAGCCGAAGUCCUCGUUGAGAUCUUCGAGCAUGUUCCCAACAAAGACCUUUCCACUGCCCGUCUCGUCUGCAANAAACUCUGUGAUGCUGCAACUCCCCAUUUCGCCAAGGUCAACUUCACCGAGAGAAACCAUGUUGUCUCUCCUUACAGCAUCAACGCACUUGUGGACAUCACAGAACAUCCUGUGUUUGGCAGAUACGUAAAGACCAUUGGUAUCUACAGCGCCAGACGUACCAAGAUCCCCCGAUACUUUCGUAUCAACGAACAAGAGCACCAUGAACUCUUCUUCAACGCUUACGUGAAGACCAAGCGCUUCGCACGCCGUAUGGAGCGUGUCUUCUGUAGCAUCAAAUCUCAUUCAAACUCCGUGCACAUUGGAAUCUACGACAAUCCAGGCAGGAUUGAUCUCGAUGAAGACGGCUUCGGGGAACUGAAGGCAUCAUCAGUGCCGAUGAGUUGUUAUGGAUGGGCUCAGCUNUUUGAGAAUCCUCCAACUUACGUUGCCUACCGACCAGUGGAGACUCUCGAGCAGACUGUAUAUGCAGCUCGACGCGUAGGGUGCCCUGUCAAGUACCUCAAUAUUGAUCUUAUUACCCAUUACGACGACGAUGCGCAUGCAGAACUCGACAAAGUUUUGUACAAAGUCCUGGAAUCGACUCCUACAACUCUCAGCCUGGGAAUAGGGGGUGGGCACUCAUUCCAGCUAUCGUACGACAGCGAGUCACAAUGCUUGAAUCUCCAAAACGUUGAUUUUGGAUUCCCAAUCGAGGACCAUGACCUUCCUUUGCAUGCAUCUUUCAUGUGGCUGCAGACUAGGACCAUCACUCGACUCAGAAUCGCCGAGGUCGUUGACUAUCAACCUUCCCGUCUUCGACCCUUCUUCACGCCUCACCUAAGUUCUCUCGAGCUCUCCGUGACGUAUGUCUGGGCUGAACACUUCAAUGAAAACCUUUGGAGUAAACACAUUCAGAGCAUCUCCACCCUGCCUGGUCUUCAGCACUGUAGACUAAGCUGUCUUGCCUACUCCUUCAGGAUCUCGCAUUAUGCUGGCGACUCCAGGAAAGCGUCCAUGCAACUUCCUGGUUAUGGCCGUUACCUGAUCAAGGGACACAGACGGUUCUACUUCACGUUCCGUGACGGAAGCAAGUCAACCGAAAUCAGGGGCGAAGACCUUUGCGAAAGACUCAAAGAUUUAGCUUGCUACGUAUCUGUAGCAGAGGCACAGAAGGUGCAAAGAAUUGUUAGCGAUGGUUGUGUGAACAACGACAUGGUUGGCAUCGUCGAUAAAGUUGAAGACCAGCCUAUAAUUGAGGAGACUGUGCUCUCUUGA